CUUUGUCGGAACGUCGCCCAAUUACUUUCAAACCUUCCCCCCCAUCUCCUCGCUCCCUCGGCCGUAGAUCUGGAUCUGGCCUCUUGCGCAAUUCGCAAGCCUACGAGACGCCUACAUCCAGCCUGACCCCGCGCGCCCGAGUUCCGACCUUGCGCCGAUCUCGCCAGUCGCGAGCGUCACGGCGCUAUCCAGAGCUCUCGGGAGCUCCUCCGCGUAUUGCGUACCCACGCUCGCCACACGCCCUGUCGCCUUCGACGCGCCAUUAGCCCGCAGCCUUGGGCUCCUGGCUUUUUGCAUCGUAGCAUGAGGUGACGGGUUGAUCCUUUCGCUCUCACUCUCGCCCGCAAACACGACCCGACAGCCUCGAUCGACCGACAAUGGCUCUCCACGACAGCCAGAAGGUCCUCUUCGAGACCGGCUCGUUCUCUGGCUAUCGGCCGCUCCGCGAGCUGGGCAGCGGCUACCUCUCGUCGUCGGCCUUCAAGCAGCCGCUAUGCGGCAACGAAGAGGGAUGGGGUCCGAUGAGCCCUCAUCGAUUCGACUUCACGCCAUGCUUCAUUGACGUUUGGAUCGCCGCGGUUGCCGUCUUCGGCCUCUUCAUCGGCUCCCUGGCUGUUUGGUGGCUCACCAAGAAGCAGCAGAACGCGGCCCAGUCGAAGACGACACAGUUUUACAUCAAGCAGAUUCUCCUCGCCGUCAUCAUCGCCGACAUUGCCGUUCAGCUUGCCAUCCAGAUCAUCAACUACCCCGGCAUCUGGUUUGGCGAUUUCCGAGUAUGGACGACCGCCCUGACGAUUCUGUCGAUGUUUGUUAUAUUCACCAUUCAAUGGCUUGAGCACUCGCGUAUCCGCUACCCAAGCGGCGUCGCGCUAUUCUACUGGUUGCUUCUCCUCCUUGCCUUUGCCGUCAAGCUGCGCUCCCUCAUCUCGCAACAGCUCUACGAUACGAACCUGCCGUAUUUCAUUACCUACUGCGUUGGAGUUGGUCUGUCGCUUGUCGAGUUUCUCGUCGAGUGGCUCUGGCCCCGAUCUGUUGGACCCGAUGGAUACGAUGCUAUCGAGGAGGAGGAGGAGUGCCCCGUCGAGUACGCAAACGUCUUCUCCCAGCUGACUUUCUCCUGGAUGACUCCUCUGAUGCAGUAUGGCUACAAGGUCUUCCUGACCGAGGAUGACCUGUGGAGCUUGGCCAAGAGCGACCAGACCAAGACGACUGGCACAGACUUCGACAAGGCUUGGCAACACCAGCUGGAGACCCGCAAGGAGCCUUCUCUCUGGCUCGCCUUGUUCGGAGCUUACGGCGGCCCUUACUGUGUUGCCGCCAUCUACAAGAUUGGAAACGACGUCUCACAGUAUAUCCAACCUCAGCUGCUCCGCCUGCUCAUCACCUUUGUUGCUUCGUACGAAAAGGGCGAGACCCCCCAGCCCGUCAUCAAGGGCGCCGCCAUUGCGCUCGCCAUGUUUGGCUGCGCCGUCUUCCAGACUACCAUGAUUCACCAAUACUUCCAACUUACCUUUGUGACUGGAAUGCGCAUCAAGGGUGGACUGGGCUCAGCCAUCUACCGAAAGUCGCUGCGAUUGUCCAACGAGGGACGAUCGUCCAAGUCCACGGGCGACAUUGUCAACUACAUGGCUGUGGAUGCCCAGCGACUCCAGGACCUCACCCAGUUUGCUCAGCAGGCAUGGUCCGCCCCCUUCCAGAUCGCCAUCUGCAUGAUUUCUCUGUACAAUCUCGUGGGAUGGUCUAUGAUGGCUGGAAUUGUUGUCAUGAUUGUCAUGAUGCCCAUACAAGGCUUCGUUGCGCGAAUCAUGAAGAAUAUGCAGAAGGACCAGAUGAAGAACAAGGACGCCCGAAGCCGUCUCAUCAACGAAAUCAUUAACAACAUGAAGAGCAUCAAGCUCUACGCCUGGGGCUCUGCUUUCAUGAACAAGUUGAACCACGUCCGAAACGAGCAGGAGCUCAAGAACCUGCGAAAGAUCGGCGCUACACAGGCUUUCGCCAACUUCACCUGGACUACCGCACCCUUCUUUGUCUCUUGCUCCACCUUUACCGUAUUCGUCCUCACACAGGAUCGCCCUCUGACCACCGAAAUCGUUUUCCCCGCCCUGGCCCUUUUCAACCUGUUGACAUUCCCCUUGGCUGUUCUCCCCAUGGUUAUCACGGCUAUUGUCGAGGCUUCUGUUGCUGUUGGCCGAUUGACUGGAUUCCUCACUGCCGAGGAGCUUCAGCCCAAUGCCAUCACCGUCAAGCCCGCUCCCGAGGAGCUCGGCGAGGAGACUGUCAUCAUCCGCGACGGAACUUUCUCCUGGAACCGACACGAAGACAGGAAUGCUCUCAAGGACAUCCACUUCACCGCUUACAAAGGCGAGCUCUCGUGCAUUGUUGGACGAGUCGGAGCUGGAAAGUCAUCCUUCCUCCAGAGCAUCCUCGGAGAUCUGUGGAAGGUCAAGGGAUCUGUCGAAGUCAGAGGAACUGUUGCCUAUGCUUCUCAGCAGACAUGGAUUUUGAACGCCACGGUCAAGGAGAACAUCAUUUUCGGAUACCGAUACGACCCUGAAUUUUACGAAAAGACCAUUCAAGCUUGCGCUCUUCUGGACGACUUUGCUCAACUUCCCGACGGAGACGAGACGGUGGUUGGCGAGCGAGGUAUCUCUCUGAGUGGCGGCCAGAAGGCCCGUGUGUCUUUGGCUCGUGCUGUAUAUGCCCGGGCUGAUAUCUACCUCCUCGACGAUGUGCUUUCCGCUGUCGAUUCUCAUGUUGGACGACACAUCAUUGACAACGUUCUGGGCCCUCGAGGUCUUCUGUCAUCCAAGACUCGUAUCCUUGCCACCAACGCCAUCGCUGUCCUACGUGGAGCUAGCUUUGUCACCUUGAUCAAGGAUGGUGAAGUCAUUGAGAAGGGAACCUACAAACAGCUCAUCGCCAUGAAGGGCCUGGUUGCCGACCUUCUCAAGACCGCCGGCCACGACUCUGGUAGCAGUGACAACAGUGAACCCACCUCAAGCGCCUCCAGUAGCAAGGCUACCACAAUUAUUGAGCCCGACUCCAGCCAAGCUAAGGAAGAGAUGGAGGAGGCCCAGGAGCGCGUUCCCGAGAUGGCUCCCAUCAAGACUGGUCCCUCCCUAGCCAAGCCCCGAUCAAACAGCAUGGCAACUCUGCGCCGCGCUAGCACUGCGACCUUCCAGGGUCCUCGUGGUAAGCUCACGGACGAGGAGGUGGCUGGCAGCUCCAAAACCAAGCAGGCGAAGGAGUUUGUUGAGCAGGGCAAGGUUAAGUGGUCGGUUUACUGGGAAUAUGCAAAGGAGAACAACAUUUACGCCGUCGGGCUUUACUUGCUCAUGCUUCUCGCUGCGCAGUCAGCCAGCAUGGGUGGUUCCUUUUGGCUUAGGGCAUGGGCGGAACACAACAAAGAGGCCGGCGGGAAUGAUGACAUUGGAAAAUAUAUUGGCAUUUACUUUGCCAUUGGCAUUGGAUCUUCCGCACUUACUGUUAUCCAGACUCUGAUCCUGUGGAUCUUCUGCUCCAUCGAGGCAUCCCGAAAGCUUCACGAGCGCAUGGCCAACGCCAUCUUCAGGUCACCCAUGUCAUUCUUCGACACCACUCCAGCCGGGCGAAUCCUCAACAGAUUCUCGAGUGACAUCUAUCGUGUCGACGAGGUUCUGGCGAGAACCUUCAACAUGCUCUUCGUCAAUGCGGCUCGAUCCGGCUUCACCCUGGCCGUCAUCUCCGUGGCGAUGCCGCCUUUCGUCGCUUUGAUUAUCCCGCUAGGCCUCACGUACUACUGGAUCCAGCGAUAUUACCUCCGGACGUCCCGAGAGCUCAAGAGAUUGGACAGCGUCACCCGCAGCCCUAUCUAUGCUCACUUUCAGGAGUCCCUCGGUGGCAUCUCGACAAUCCGCGCGUACCGACAGCAGCAGCGAUUCGAGCUGGAGAACGAAUGGCGCGUCGACGCCAACCUCCGAGCCUACUUCCCAUCUAUCAGCGCGAACCGUUGGCUCGCCGUGCGUCUCGAGUUCAUUGGCGCCAUCGUCAUCCUUGCUGCUGCGGGCUUUGCCGUCAUCGAAGUGGCCAGCGGCGUGGUACUCAAACCCGGCGCGGUUGGUCUGGCCAUGUCGUACGCCCUCCAGAUUACUACUUCGCUCAACUGGAUUGUACGACAGACCGUUGAGGUUGAGACCAACAUCGUGUCAGUUGAGCGUGUCCUGGAGUACGCAGCCCUCCCCAGUGAAGCGCCCGAGAUUAUUGCCGACAGGCGACCCUCGGUCUCUUGGCCGGCCAAGGGUGAGGUCGACUUUGUCAACUACAGCACUCGCUACCGCGAGGGCCUCGACCUGGUGUUGAAGAACGUCAAUCUCGACAUCAAGUCGCAUGAGAAGAUUGGCGUGGUGGGCCGCACCGGUGCGGGCAAAUCGUCCUUGACUCUGGCUUUGUUCCGCCUCAUUGAGCCCGUUACAGGCCAUAUUGGCAUUGACGACCUCAACACUUCUUCCAUUGGCCUUCUCGACCUUCGACGUAGGCUUGCCAUAAUUCCCCAGGAUGCGGCUCUGUUCGAGGGCACUGUGCGCGACAACCUUGACCCUGGCCAUGUUCGCGACGAUACUGAGCUUUGGAGCGUCCUAGAACACGCCCGUCUUAAGGACCACAUUACCAGCCUGGAGGGUGGCCUGGAGGCCAAGAUCAAUGAAGGAGGCUCCAACCUCUCACAAGGCCAGCGUCAACUCGUGUCUUUGGCGCGUGCCAUGCUGACCCCGUCCAACAUCUUGGUUCUCGACGAGGCCACCGCCGCUGUCGACAUUGAGACCGAUGCCUUGCUUCAGGACACGCUGCGCUCGCCCCUCUUCGCUAACCGAACCAUCAUCACCGUCGCCCACCGCCUGAAUACGAUCCUUGAUAGCGAUCGGGUCGUCGUCCUUGAUAAGGGCGAGGUUGUCGAGUUUGACACACCCUCCGAGCUGUUCAAGAAACAGGGCGUAUUCCAUGGCCUCAUGAAGCAGGCCGGUCUAGAGAUCGAAUAGAUAUGUACACUAAGCCGGUCCGGCCCGGGAGGUUGAUAUCCGGGAUGUUUGUGUGUCCGGACCGACAUGGCCAACAUGAACGGGUCCACAUUUAACCGGCAGAAAGAAAGCAUCUGGGAUGGAAUUUAAAGGAACAAAUUUGUAUAGUGACAUAAUAAGACAUUGACCCUCGCACGGGUCCGAGCA